AUGAUCGAAUGUGACGAUUUCAAUCCAAGUAUGAAUUUCUAUCUGAUUUUCAUGCACUGCUUAUCCGUCAUCGAUCUUUACCUGAAUAUGCUAGCUAUAUACUGUAUUCUCUACAAAUCAACUAAACAAAUGGGUGCUUACAAAUGGUAUUUGCUCGCUUACCAAGUUGUAUCAACCUCAUUCGACUUCAUCUAUACAGCUGUUACUCUGCCUGUGAUCUUCUUCCCUGUACCCAUGGGUUACCCGGCGGGAGUGUUCUCUCAAUGGCUAUCUAUCAGUACUCACGCUUGUACAAUUAUCGUGGUUAUCACUUGCUCAUGGCUUAUAGCUACCAUUCUCAGUCUUUUCAACUACCGCCGCCAUUUGGUCACUCCGGCAUAUCCGUUCUUCAAUUUCACUGAUCGUGGUCACUUCUACACGAGCGUUGCCAUAUUCACUAUCUACUUUGUUCCGUGUAUUAUCGGGUGUACUUCGAUAUUCUUCCUGACCAAGUGGAUGCAAGAAGAUGGGUUGAAGAGUUGUGGCAAAUCAGCAGUAUUCCUUCCACAUAUCCAAAUUUUCACUCCAUGGAAAGUGAAGCGGAUCGCCAUAACGGCUCUUGCGCUAGCCGGUGUGGCAUUUCUGAUUACAGCCGGUUGCAUUCUUGUAUCAUUUUAUUUUCUCAGUCGAAAUAAACGCCUAUCUCCAAAAACUCGACAGAUGCAAAGGCGUUUUCUUAUUUAUCUCUGUGUGCAGGUAGCAAUUCCAGCUAUAACUAUGUUUGUACCAAUCAUCGCCUAA